GCGCAACGGGAUUUUUUUUUCUUCAAGUAUAUAUGGCUUGCGUGUUUACUGUUCGCAAGUCAGACCUCUUUCUUACCUAAACGUCAAGAUGUCCCGGGAAUCUGUCUUAUACUUAACACAUAUAUAGAUAUAAAGAAAGUAUCGAUUAACUACUACAAGACUGAUUUUUCACCAUCACUUUUUGUCGUCUACUGUAAAAGAAGAGGACGCUUCGUCUGGUAACUCCUGCAGAAGCUCAUCUUGAAGUCUAGAGAAGGUCCACGUCGAAGGCGGCAGCCAUGGUGUUGAUUCUGGGCAGAAGGAUGAUCCGAGAGGAAUCCGAGAUAAGAGACUCGCCAGCUGUCAAACGCAAGGUGUUUGAGGUUGACCCCAAAACGUUAGCCAGCCAGGACUUCUUGGACUUCUGCUCUGGCUCAUCCCACUCGGACGGCAUCCUGCAGGUUUUCAAUGAGUUCCGCGACUGCCGCCUGUUCACCGAUGUGGUCAUCAGCGUGCAGGGCCGGGAGUUCCCGUGCCACCGCGCCGUGCUCUCAGCCUGCUCCUCCUACUUCCGAGCCAUGUUCUGCAACGACCACCGCGAGAGCCGCGAGAUGCUGGUCGAGAUCAACGGCAUCCUGGCCGAGGCCAUGGACUCCUUCCUCGCCUACGUCUACACCGGCCGCGCCAAGAUCACCACGGAAAACGUCCAGUUCCUUCUCGAGACCUCCAGCCUCUUCCAGAUCUACACGCUGCGCGACGCUUGCGCCAAGUUCCUGGAGGACCAGCUGGACCCUUGCAACUGCCUGGGCAUCCAGCACUUCGCCGACACGCACUCCCUGAAGCAACUGGCCGGCCGCUGCCGCAGUUACGCGCUGGCCAACUUCUCCGAGGUGGCGCAGCACGAAGAGUUCCUCGGCCUGCGCAAGGAACAGCUGGAGGAGUACACCGCCAGCGACGAGCUGUCCAUCGGGAAGGAGGAGGUGGUGUUUGAGGCGGUGAUGAGAUGGGUGUACCACAGCGUGGAGCAAAGAAAGCCCAUGCUGAAGGCCCUGCUGCACAACGUGCGCCUGCCCCUCCUGCACCCAAACUACUUCGUCCAGACGGUGGAGGGAGACCAGCUCAUCCAGAAUGCCCCCGAGUGCUACCUGCUCCUCCACGAGGCCAGACGCUACCACGUGCUGGGGAACGAGAUGAUGUCACCGAGAACUCGUCCACGCAGGUCGACUGGCUACUCCGAGGUGAUCGUGGUGGUGGGGGGUUGUGAGAGAGUGGGGGGCUUCAACCUGCCCUACACUGAAUGCUAUGAGCCAGUCACAGGGGAGUGGAAAUCGCUGGCCAAACUGCCCGAGUUCACCAAGUCGGAGUACGCCGUCUGCGCCCUGCGCAACGACAUUCUGGUGUCAGGUGGCCGUAUCAACAGCAGGGACGUGUGGAUGUACAACUCCCAGCUCAACCUGUGGAUCCGAGUUGCUUCUCUUAACAAAGGCCGCUGGAGACACAAGAUGGGCAUCCUGCUGGGCAAGGUCUACGCCGUCGGCGGCUACGAUGGCCACAACCGCCUAAGUAGCGUGGAGUGCUACGACUCCUUCUCCAACCGCUGGACGGAGGUGGCUCCCAUGACGGAGGCGGUGAGCUCUCCGGCCGUGGCCAGCUGUGCCGGCAAGCUCUUUGUCAUAGGAGGAGGACCCGACGACGACACCUGUUCAGACAAGGUUCAGUGCUACGACCCGGAGACGGACUCUUGGUUGCUGCGGGCCAACAUCCCCAUCGCCAAGCGCUGCAUCACAGCGGUGUCCCUCAACAACCUGAUCUACGUGUCCGGUGGUCUCACCAAGUCCAUAUUCUGCUACGACCCCGCGGAGGACUACUGGAUGCACGUGGUCCACACCUUCAACAAACAGGAGAGCUGCGGCAUGUCGGUGUGCAACGGCAAGAUCUUCAUCCUGGGCGGCAGAGGGGAAAACGGCGAGGCGUCGGACAGCAUCCUGUGCUACGACCCGUCGACGGGCAUCAUCACCGGAGUGGCGGCGAUGCCGCGGCCCAUCUCUUACCACGGCUGUGUCACCAUCCACCGCUACAACGACAAGCACAGCAAGCGCUGAGCCAGAGCAAGCACAACACACACACACGCACACACACACACACACGCACACAAACAGAAUUCCACCCGUCUUUAUAACGGGCAUAUUAAGUUGCUCAGUUCACAGCAGCUCACUUACAGUCUCCCAGCAUCAUGUAGCAAUACUGUGCUGUGAAUCAUUUGCAGUUGUGUACCGUGGUUGUGGCCUUUCUGUGGAAAUGUGGUUUAUAAUGCUGACGGCUUUAACCUGAGCUCACGUGACGUCAGAUCCAAGUGUCAUGCGUGCCUUGCAGGAGCAGUAAUUGCACAAGUUGGGAAAUAAAGAAACUAAUUAUGAUAAUGGUAUAAUCGAGGAAAGAUAAGAACAUAAUAACUAUUUGAGUGAAAUUGUAAUGGGAGUAUGACUAGAUGAUUGAAGGUCUGUUCUUGACAUUAGGAUCACUUAUCUGUGGAAAUAAUAUGAUAAACUAAAAGGUAAAUGUUGGACGAAAAGCUAAUUCAAAAAAGGUUUAUUUUACCUCAUAAACUCAAGUAUUGAUACACAAAUACAUAUUUAGGAAAGUUUCUUACUGACAAUUAAAGUUAAUUGUUUGUUCCCCUAACUACAUUUAAAUCAAUGGAUGGAAUACUACAGAAGUUUUAAUAAUUCAUUUUAUUAUUAUGGUGAUUACAUUUGAAUUGAACUUGUGCUUUUAUUGCUGUGCAAAGUAACCCCACCCUUGGAUCUGGGUUACUGAUGAGCUGAAAUUAAUUCGGAUAGUGCUAUAAACAAAAAAGCGUUAAAAAACAAUGGUACAAGAAUGAGACAGGAACGAAAAAUGGUAUGAAUCUGUUUUUCACUGGCAGAUGAGUGGCCAGGUGAGAAAUAACCACAUGCCCAAUGCACUCCAUGCAGAUAUUUACAUACAGCACUUGUAAAGCGCUUGCCUCCGUUUUUUAAACUCUUUUUCUCAAAACUAAAAAUGACCUGAUCAAAAUGUGGGAAACCGUUGUUCUUUGACAGAACCAGUGGUUAUAAGAAAAAGAGAGCGGAGGCUGUGUCACAAUAUUGGAUUAUAGCCACUUUUUGCCCCUUUUUUCCAUAUCACAUCUCAUAUCACCUAGUUAGUGUCCUAUUUAGCUUUAUUUUUGAAUCACUGAAUUACUAUUAUUAAGCACAUUUCUUAUUGCUGGCCUUUUUAUUAAGUUAUAUUUGUUUGUCUUUUUUUACAUCUGGAUGUUUACUGUAUUAUACUUUUAGUGUCUAUUUAAUAUCAAUGUUGGAGCAUUGGCGUUCUGGGAUUUGUGGGUGGUGUUGUAGAUUUGAGAAGCCUUUUUAGAUCAAACUCAAAGACGGCUCAGAAUAGACGGUGUGCGUGUAUUGUAUGCAUCUGUGUGACUUUCACAAGUCGGUCUGGAUGUGGGAGCUUUGCAACAACUUCUGUUGACCCAAGUUUUCACACAGAUGUGUGGCACAUCUCACCUGUGCACUUACAUGUAAAGGUGUACCUCGAGGGUAACCAUAGUUACCGCCGCAUGUGCAUCUGUGUGUUUACUGGUCCAGUAAGGUGGCGUGUGCAGCACGUCUGCACCUCUGACAAAAAGGGGAGUUAAGAGUUCUGAACAACAAGGACUUUGGAUGAUGUGGCUGGUGGUCAGUAAAAGUCACAUUUUACUCUGGGGGAUAUUGCUGUGAAUAUAACUUUUAAUGUUUUCUUUGUUUAACUUGUAUUUAAAUGCCUCUUUUUUGUGUACUUUGACAUUUGAAUCUGUCAAAAAAGUGAUAUGACGACAUGCUUUUUUUUUUUUUACUGUAUCAGUAAAUGUUCUUUGCUUUCAUGUGACAUAUGGAAGACACAGUAAAAGGACCUGCUACGAUUUUCCAGCAAAAACUAUAGAAAGAGAGAAAUGUUGAAAGGGAGUGAGCGAGGUUUCCCUUUCAGGUGAAAAAGGUGAAGAUCAGUGUGAUCUACUUUUUUGCUGACGAACGCGGUGUACCCGUAUAAUGCAAAGCAUGAGAACAUUAAUGUAGUGCUUUAGUCUGUCACUCACACUGACAAAAACAGCCGGGGGUAAAUCAGCUUAAAUCCCCCCCCCCUCCCCCACCCCCCAUGCAUUUUCUCGGUCAGAACUUCAACAAAAGUACAGGCUGUGAAGAAAACAUUCUCAGAUGCCAAAGAGAGAAGGCUGGAGGGGGCAGGAGAGCGGUGAAGCAAAAGAGUGAGAUCAAUAGAAUUUGAGUGUGUGUGUGUGUGAUUUCACCGAGUAUUUACACAUAACAUGUUAUGUUGAUUUUAAGAUUUGUAUUAUUAGUUAUGUUGAAGACUUCAUAAAUCGUUUGCUCUAAAAAGAUCAUUCAUUGUUUUUGCCGUUGAUUUUUUAAAAUGUUUUUCCUGUGUGCUGAGUUCUGGGACCCUCGCAUGAUCGAAAUUAAACCCGGAAGAGCUGAGCAUUAAAAGUUAUUAUUAUAUCGAUUUGGAUUUUUAUGUGAAUGCAGAUUUAAACCAUGGUGGAUUUCGUUCUAUCUCAAUGUGGACUUUGUUAAAUGUCAAUGGGUAUUUUGCAUUUGCGUGCAAGAUGGGUGGCUUUAUUGUGUUUUUUUGCAGAAUGCCGCCAGAUACGUCUAAAUAAACGAAAAUGGGGUGGGGAAUUAAAUUGUACCAUUUUUAUAAAAAACUUUUCUCAUUGUAUGUAUGAUUUGAUGUAUUAACACCACUUUCUCCUUGGACGCUAUUCUUCUAACUGUGAGAAAACUUUAAAAUGUUUGUUAUAAGGCAGAUUGUGGGCUGUGGUUAAAUUUUGUAAGAGAAACAUCAAUAAAGUUUUCUUUCCAUACAAACAUU